UUGGCAGAGGUAUUUCGAUGUUUCAUCUGUAUGGAAAGAUUGAGAGAUGCAAGAUUGUGUCCUCAUUGUUCCAAACUGUGCUGUUUCGCAUGUAUAAGGAGAUGGUUAACUGAGCAGAGAUCUCAAUGUCCACAUUGCAGAGCAUCUCUUCACCUACAUGAGCUGGUUAAUUGUCGAUGGGCAGAAGAAGUUACUAAUCAGCUGGAUACAUUACAACAGUUUGUACCAGCACCACCUUCUGAUGUUUCUUCUGAGAGUAAUCAGUGUGAAGAACAUAAGGAGAAAUUAAGUGUAUAUUGUUUAACUUGUAAAGAAUGUAUUUGUCAUCAGUGUGCUCUAUGGGGUGGCACACAUUCUGGCCACACCUUUAAACCAUUAGAUGGUGUUUAUGAAGAACAUGCUAAGAAAUUAACUGAUGAACUCAAUCAAGUUAAAAGGCGCCAUAUUGAAUUAAUCAGCUUGGUUCAAGAUGUGGAACAUAAUAUAGAGAGUGUAAAGAAUGCUAAAGAUGAAAGAGUGAGAGAAAUUAGGAAUGCUGUAGAAUUGAUGAUAGCUAGAUUAGAAUCACAGAUGAAGAGUAAAUUACUCACUCUAAUGGGUCAAAGAACAAGGUUAAGUCAUGAAACUGAAGUUUUAGAAACAAUCAUUCAACGUGCUAAUACAGACCUAACAACACGCAGCAAGAGUCAUCUUAUACAACAAUUUAAAGAUAUGAUGGAAAUAUUUCGACAAGUUCAUAGAGGUCAAAGGUCAUCUUUCGUAACAACACCAGUUCAAGCCGAUUUCAAUAGUGAAAUAGUUCCUCAGUAUGAUACUAGUACAUUUGAAAUGAAGAAUUUUAGUUUACUACGUCAACGUGCUGAUCCUGUUUACAGUCCACCAUUAAAUGUUUCUGGUUUAGCAUGGAGGUUAAAGGUCUAUCCUGAUGGUAAUGGUGUUGUAAGAGGUCAUUAUUUAUCUGUUUUUCUAGAAUUAUCUCAAGGAUUACCUGAAACUUCCAAAUAUGAGUAUAGAGUAGAAAUGGUUCACCAGGCUUCCAGAGAUACCAGUAAAAAUAUUGUCAGAGAAUUUGCUUCUGAUUUUGAAGUUGGAGAAUGUUGGGGUUAUAAUAGAUUCUUCCGUUUAGAUCUGUUAGUAAAUGAAGGCUAUCUAGAUCCCACCAAUGAUACUUUAGUGCUACAUUUCCAGGUCAGAGCCCCAACAUUUUACCAAAAGUCAAGGGACCAGCAAUGGUAUAUUAAUCAAUUAGAGACAGCACAGUCUCAAUCAGCUCAACAAAUAUUAGAUCUGAAAGAGAGAUUAUGUCUAGAGAUCUCAAGAAAUCAAACUUCUGGUGACAAUGGUGCUACUUCUGGUCAGUAUCUGUCUUUCCAUAUGUACAAUGUCUCUAAAAGUCAUUCAUUUCACAGCAUAUAG